GUGGCUGCCUUGAUGGCUGCUCUCAUAUUUGGAGCGGUGGUCUACCUGACCGAGUUAAUCUCUGGCGAGCACACCUUUAGAAACGUGGCCUUGGCCACGUGGUAUAGCUAUGAAACUAUGACCGCCAUUGGUUCUGGCAGGGUGGUGCCUUCAUCUGUUCCCGGCAACGUUAUCGCCGUCUGCUGCAGCAUGUUUGGGGUGAUUCUGUUUUCGAUGCCCAUUGCAAUAGUCAAAGAAAGUUUCAAGCAAUACCUGGUUGCUCUGAGGACAUACAAGCAUCAGCUGGUCCGAGUUAACUAUCUGAGGAACCAGGGCCAGGAGAAUGCUUUCCUGGCCUCUCGCAUGUUCUGGUACCGACCAGAUGGUGUCAGUUCAACUUCUCCAAUGAGACCAACUUCUCCAGUCAGAUCGGCUUCUCCAACUGAUGAAAGUGAUCUCUCUAUGGUCUAG